CAGAGCUGCCGGACCGGUUCCCGGUGGAGUGGGCUCUGGGUGUGACGGGCGUCAUGGAGGUCCAGGUCCUGGAGAGCGAGCGUCUGGCGGAGGACCCGCUGCUGAGCAAGCUCAGGGACAGCCGCCGCCGCUUCCAGAGGCGCAUGCAGCAGCUGAUAGCGAAGUAUGAGCACCCUUUCGAGGACGCCCCGCUGGUGCAGAUGUCUACGCUGACCUACAGGACACCCCAAGGAUUGAGAAUUUGGGGAGGAAAACUAAUGAAGGAAAUAAACAAAGGACAAAUGCAGGACCCCCCUGGGAAGCCGGUGGACGGGGCAGAUGAUCCUGGGCCAGGACAAGGUGAUAAAUGUCUACGAGCUCACGCACAGGUCCCAGGAGUGGGUUCAGAGAGCAGUGACGCUGGAGCAGCCUCAGACCAGGGUGACCUGCCUGCCCGCACCUGGAUGCCCGCAGUGCCUCGGAGCCCUCUGAGAGACGAGCUGAGAAGGAAGUACCUGACCCAAGUGGACAUCCUGCUGCAGGGCACAGGGCGCUCUGAGGGAAAGGACACGCCUCGGGCCCCGGCCCCAUCUUUGGCCUCGCCUGCCAUGCUUGCCCCUGGAUAUUCUGGUGAUGACUCGACAGAGAGCCUCGGUAACACUGCACAGCCACCUUCCUCCCCCAGAGCCGGGGAUCCCCUGCACCCUUGCCCAGUGGACCUGGCCGUAGCACCCAGCAGUGCCCACCACUUCAGCAGCCCGUCCUCUGAGGCCAGUGGCGUCUGCGAUGUGACGAUCAGCGACCUGUACGCGGGCAUGCUGCACUCCAUGAGUCGCCUGCUGAGCGCAAAGCCGUCGUGCAUCAUCUCCACCAAAACGUUCAUCGUGCAGAGCUGGAGCUCCCGGAGGAGGCAGCCCCGGAGAAGCCGGGUGCACAUGAAUGAGACGUACUGCAGAGGGGCCAGGCCCUCCCGGAGGAGUGCCAAGGAGCAGUCCGCACACUAUCCAGAGCCCAGGAGAGAGAAGGGGACACUAAGAGACUGCAGGAACUUACUGCACACCCCUCGCCACAGGACAGGCUUCAAGUUGGAAAAGGCUUCUCUUCAUGAGAACACAGCCCAGCUCCAGAAAUUAGACCCUAGCUGGAAGGAGCGUCAGGUGACGCCCCAGAAGUGUUCCUCGUUGGCUUACUUAGACUUCAGCGCAGUGCAUCUGGACUGGGAAAAUCGACUUAUGACCUUAAAAUGGUUAAUUUCACCUGUGAAAAUGGUUUCCCGACCAAGAAUGCUGCAGGGCUGUGCAGAGAGUCGAUACAGGGAGAUUGAAAGCAAAUUCGACAGGCUUCAUCGAGAAUGCUGCCUGAGUCCUGGGAGGAAACAGCCUCGCACAUCUGGACGCGCACACUCCUGGGCCUUGGCCCUGUACCGAGGUGGCUGUGUGAGUCCUGGCAGUGUGCAGGGCUCAGAAUCCCACCGGCUGCCCUUACCUUUCUGCAGAGCAAAAGCUACAAGCCUGAGUGAGACUUUUGAACACCUGGGCAGAAGAUCUGCAGACGUGAGGGGAUGCCGUCCACAGAGGGACUCUUCUUCCUCACUUUCCAAGUCCCUUCUGCCACAGAGCGCGGGCCGCUAUGCAGAGACAGCCAGCCCUUUGCAAGGACACAGCUGUGGAACUAUCAGAAGAGCAAUAUCCUCCAGCCACGCUGUCUCAGUACCAAGCACACAGCCCCCGAGCCGACCAAAGAGUCGCCAUGAUGAAGUUAAAGACACCUUUGCCCGGCUGCACCAGAAGUAUACCCAAGCAUCACCUCCGAUGGUGAAGGUGCCCUCAGGUGUUGCGGUGUCUGCAGAUAAAGCCAGAGCGGAAGUUCAGUGCCAGGCAGGGCAUGGUGGUGGGAAAUUAAAUCUGGACACUUGCCUCCUCCCGGGCUGCCAGUGGCCCUUGAGAAGUCCACUAGGAUCAGCUGUAGUCGAGGCCCCAGUGUCCGCAGGCACAGCCUGGGGGGCUCCUCCAAUCCCCACAAAACGACGCAGGCUGUCAGAUUCCCAAGUUUGUGGACUCCAGAGCAGGGGAGCCAGCCAGCCCCUCCCAGCCCAAAUGGGGAAAGAGCAACAUAUCCUCAGGAUGGAAGAGAAAAGUGAUCUUUGUUAGAAGAAUUCAAAACUAAAACUGGGUGGCCAGGUUAUCUGGGGCCCUCUUCCCUCUUGCUCUCUGCUUUUUGUUUGUAUGUUCUUUGUUUUUUUCCUUCCAGAUUCAGUCUUGCUAGGUUGCCCAGGCUGGCCGCCUCCUCCGGUCCUCCUGCCUCAGCCCCCUGUGUAACUGGGAUUAGUCCUGAGCCAUGGCACCCAGCUAUCCUGCUCCCUUGUUUUUGUCUUGCAGUUUUGGUCAUUGGACCCAGGGCCUCCAGCAUGCUCGGCAAAGGCUCUAGUACGGGGCUGUACCUCCAGCCCUUAUUUUAAGGACGGAGAAAGAGGAUGCGGUCAACUAAUCCAUCCUUAGUGCAAAAUCAGGGCAGUUGUCUCCAUCAGACACCAUCAGAUUGAACUCUUGAGUCUGUGCUUCUGUGAGUGCAGUUGCCCUUUGUUUUGAGGCUGGCGUUGGAAAUGCAGAAAUCCUCCUGCCUCAGCCUCCUUAAUACUGGGAUUAUAGUUGUGUGCUACCAUGCCCAGCUUCUAUAUACAUUUUUAACGUUAACCCAUACAGGCCUAUUUUUCUCAGGUUUCCCUUUUCCAAUUUAGUCAUAUUCUGAGAAUUCUCUCUUACAUUUCCUGUUGAUGUUUUUAGAAUAUCUGUUGCAAAACCUACAUUUGUACCCUGGAUAUAGUGAUCCUGGAAGGAAGCUAUGGCUGCUUGCUCCUUGAAACUCAGAUGCCCCUGUACAUAGUUUCCCCCAUGUUAGGAGACAGCAGCCUGGAACAUUACUCGUGCAUGAAAAGUAAUCCCUACUGCCUGGCUGGGUUGGGGUGAAAGUGUGUUGUCUUUCAGCAUCCCACGUUACUCCAGAGCCCUCGGAGCUGCGGAGCAUCUGUGAGGGACACCGCACGUCUCUGAUGGCAGCGUUUAUGAUAAGACAGCACAUUUUAAUGACUUAUUUCUGAUACUCGGAGAACAGUGGCAAAAUCCAUGAACUGACCAUGUGGAGCAGUCGUUGAAACCCUGUUGUCUGUCAUGAUUUUAGUUUCAAUAAAAAGUUAAA